AUGUCCGCGGAUGCGCUACUCCGGAUGAUGCAGACGAAUCCCGCGCUGGCUGACAAAUUGACGCAGUUCUUGAUGCAGAACGAUCAGAAAUCAAAUUUUCUAUACGAGAGCGAGCCGGAGAGAAGUGAAUUACUUCACGAACUUAGCGUGCGUCUGGAUUGGGCUGGCAUCAGCAAUCCGCACAACAAAGUUUAUAUCAAACCACCAAAGAGUAAUAACAUAGCUAUUAUUAUUUUCCUACUGACGGUGUCGCAAUUGAAUAAAUUAUUCUACUGCAAAAAUACAGCAAGUCUGUUGAGCAAGAGAUAUCAGGAUUCCGUUGACGCUGUGGUAUUUGCCUUAGGAAUACAAACGAUUCUUCGUCAAUUCCACGUUUCUGUGAUGAAUCGUUACGUGAAAUAUCUUUGUAUGUACGUCCUGUCGUUUAUCACCGUGGAGAGUUUGAAAGCGGGAGGAAAUGCAGAAACUAAAGGAGCUACCAAUCUCCAUUUCUUGGAGCUUUUCGUUAAAUAUUCUGGCAUUCCGCGUUCUCUUAUUCUUAAAGAAAUACCCGUCGUCAUUUUAUAUCACUCCCUCGUCAAAAUGACAAAAUGACGCUGCAUCGGAAACUCGUGAAAUAAUAUUGCAUAUUAUAAAUGAUCAUACAUAUUA